AUGCCUGACGCCAGUACCAGUAUCGAGUAUUCGGAAGAUGAGCGUCUUCUCGCUAUCGCCUUGGCUGAAUGCUUCACUGAUGUUGAGAUGAGAAUAGCCGAUUACAGUUUUUAUGCGGCUUACCGCAGCGAAGAAAUGACUGUCGAACAGGUCGAGGCCGCAUUCCGACAUGUGUUCCCCCUAGUAGCUGGGAAGCGACGUGAAAUGGCUGGAAGCUCCAAUCCAGGGGCUGGAUCCGAGCAGCAAAGCCAGCAAUAA